GGCGGAGCAACCUCUGAACAUGGAGCUCACUGAGGAACUGAUGCAGACACACAGCACGCUCAUCAUCACACACACACACACACACACACACACACUCUAUGAACUGUGCGAUUCACAAUCAUCUGCCUGUUUGUCUCGAUCACCUCGAAAUUACAAAUGAAAUCUACAGAAGUGGAUCCGGGGUUAUUCACUGACAGCUACUGCAAAGUGUGCAGCGCUCAGCUUAUCUCUGAGUCACAGAGAGUCGCCCACUAUGAAAGUCGAAAGCAUGCAAACAAAGUUCGUCUCUAUUACAUGUUACACCCGGUGGAUGGUGGCUGUCCUGCAAAGAAGCUUCGAACUGACAAUGGCAGUGCGGAGGGAGAUGUGGACAAGAACAAGUGCUGCACACUGUGCAAUAUGUCGUUCACUUCGGCGGUGGUGGCCCAGUCGCACUACCAGGGCAAGAUCCAUGCCAAGAGACUCAGGCUACUGCUGGGGGAGCCACCUGCCAUCACAUCUAAAGAGGUGACAGCCAGUUCAGAGCAUAUGGUGACUGAAGACUCGGCAGGAAGUCCUUCCAUACAUGGCAAACUCUCACAUCGCUACUGCCAAAUGUGUAAGGCCUGGUUCAACAACCCCGGCAUGGCCAGACAGCACUACGACGGAAAGAAGCACAAGAAAAACGCAGCCCAAGCUAACCUCCUCACACAACUGGGUAAAAGUCUGGAGGACGGGGAUGAUCUAAACGGCCUGAAGCGGAGUCACACAUGUGAGGUCUGCAGUGUUACGCUCAACUCCGUGGCACAAUACCACGCACAUCUGCAGGGCUCCAAACACCAGAACAACUUGAAGAACAAAUGAAGUUUAAUGAAGCUCCCCUCUUUCAUCUCUACUCUUGAAACUAUUUGAGGAUCUGUCUGUGGAAGUCAAGGCAACUUUAAGACAGCACAUGACAGUGAUAUCAGUUCAUAUUCUCUUGAUCCACUGUGUUAAUGACAGCAUUAUGGACACUACCAGUAAAGCCAGAGACCUGGACAGUGACAAUGGAUAAUGGACAAGUGCUUUUUGCAAAAUUUGUACAUAAAAGAAAAAAAAAUCACAUCCUGAUCACUUUAAUGUAUAUAUUUAAGGCAUGUUGAAUGGUGUGAUUUGAUUGUAAUUGUAUUUCAGAUUUUAAUUUAAAUGUAUUUUAAUUUGUGUGUAAGAACUGAACAUUUUGUAUUAGAGUGAAAUUGUAAUUCAAAUGUUGUAGCUCUCUGUAGUCCACUAAAGAUAGAUUGAGUUUUCUUGUUUUAUUUUGUACAUACAGUACAGUCUGGGAGAAUUGCUCUCGGAUGAUAUUAAAAGG